UGUAUUAUUCACACAAAGCUGCCUCCUGUGUUUUAUUUUCCUUGGCGAUAUUUUGACUGUUUAGUGCCAGCACAUAACUGGUAGUAAAAGUUUGAAUAAUUGUUAAGUGCCUGUUCUCAGUGAACGAAUUUGGCUUCCAGUAUUCGAAGACUGAAAAACAGCGUUCUAAAAGAGACCGCCAGGCAGACUUUGCAGAGACCAAGGUUGAUAUUACGUUUCAUUGACUCUGCUAAUAACAUGUGAACAUGAUUACACUCAUUGUUUUCAGUUUGCUUUUGCACUUUGCGAUGGAAGCGUCAUCUCCUCUUGAUCAGGUGUUGCAAUAUAUUGAUGAACAUCAGGAUGACUAUGUCAAGCAUCUAAAAGAAUGGAUAGCAAUCCAGAGUGAAUCAGGCACUCCAACAAAGAGGGAUGAGGUGAUUCGAAUGAUGCAUGUUGUGGGUGAGACAAUCGAAAGGCUGGGAGGAACUGUUGAAGUAACAGAUAUGGGCAAUGAGGAGCUUCCCAGUGGAAAAAUCAUUCCAUUACCCCCAGUGGUUCUGGGCGAAUUGGGAAAAGACCCAAAUAAAACUACGGUCUGCAUUUAUGGACAUGUUGAUGUCCAGCCUGCAAGAAUCAAAGACGGAUGGACUACAGAUCCAUAUGUGCUAACAGAGAAGAAUGGUAAUCUUUAUGGACGUGGAAGCUCAGAUGACAAAGGCCCUAUUUUAGCUUGGCUCCAUGCCAUUGAAGCAUUUCAAGCACUGAAGCAAGAGCUGCCAGUGAACUUGAAGUUUAUUUUUGAAGGUAUGGAGGAAUCUGGAUCCUCUGGGCUAGAUGAUCUCUUAACCAAGAAAAAUGAGAUCUUUUUUUCCAAUGUAGAAUUCAUUGUUAUCUCAGAUAGUGCAUGGCUAAGCAAGAAGCCAGCUCUGACCUAUGGAACACGAGGACUGUGCUACUUUAUUAUAGAGGUACAAGGUGCAAAUCAAGAUUUGCACUCUGGUUCAUAUGGGGGAACAGUCCAUGAGGCAAUGACUGACUUGAUAGCUCUCUUGGACAGCCUCGUGAAUUCAUCUGGUCAUAUUCUGAUUCCGGGCAUCGAUUCAGAUGUUGUGCCCCUAACAGAUGAGGAGUGUCUUUUGUAUGAACCAAUUGAAUUUAAUCUUGAAGCUUUCAAGCAUACCAUUGGUACAACAGAACUCCUUCAUAAAACCAAGAUGGAUGUUCUCCUUCAUCGAUGGCGAUUUCCAUCACUUUCUAUUCAUGGGAUUGAAGGAGCUUUCUCAGGACCAGGAACUAAAACUGUUAUCCCAGCCAAAGUGAAGGGAAAAUUCUCCAUACGCUUAGUGCCAAACAUGGAUCCUGAAAAACUGAGCAAUCAGGUGAAGACAUAUCUUAAUGGAGUGUUUGCAGAACGUAGAACUCCCAACAAACUACGAAUUACUUUACAAUCUGGAUCAAAAGCUUGGUUUGCUGAUGUCACUGACAAGCUAUAUAAUGCAGGUCGAAGAGCCAUCAGAAAAGUGUUUGGAAUUGAAGCUGACCUGAUCCGUGCAGGAGGAACGAUUCCCAUUGCCAGAAUGCUCCAACAUACAAUGCAGAAAAGUGUGAUGAUGCUGCCAAUUGGUGGAGCUGAUGAUGGUACACAUUCUCGGAAUGAGAAACUCAGCAGGGAAAGCUACAUAAAUGGGACAAAGUUGUUUGCAGCAUUUAUAACUGAGAUUUCACAGCUUUAAGAAGAAUGGUCCACAUCAUUAUAUAUAGGUAUAACAUUUUUUUUGCUGCAAUUAGUCAAUCAUUUUGUGUAUUGUAAUAAAGUGACAUGAAAUGAGAACGAAAGAUAAUUUAGAACUUCUAAAAAAAAUGGCUAUCAGGAAUUGAAAUUGUAUGUAUGCAAAGUUAUUCCUCCAAAUGUUAAUCAUGAAAAUCUUAUCUGUUGCAUCUUUUCAAAUGUAAUGGGCAAUAAGUUCAUGAAUCAUGUUAAUACAUUUUAAUUUGUAAUAUUUUAGCCUUGCAGGGGUCUAUAAUUCAUAAGCUUUGCAACUACACAAGAAUUGAGUUUAUGAACACAAAUGUGUUUUUUUUUCCUUUCUGUAUUAAUGUUAACCCAUUUAUUUUAAACAUUUAAUCAAUCCCCUGGGCUGGACUAGUGGAUACUAAGUUUGCUAGUGUCCUAUUCUAUUUACAUCUGUGGUAUUUUGAUCGCCUUCAGAAUGCAGAGUCAAAAAUCCAAAUAUUGCUCACCUGGUGAUGACUUAUUAUGUGAGGUGUCAUCAAGCCGACAAUGCAAUGCCUGAAAUGAUGGCAGAAGUGGAUUCAACAGUAAUUUUCAAAAGAGAACUUGAUAAUUUUUUGAAGAAAAUGACAUUGCAGGAUUACAGGGAAGGAGCAAGGAAAAUAACUCGAAUUGGAUAGUUCUUUUAAAGAGAUAUCCUGCGAUAAUGGGCCAGUUUUCUGCUGUGUGAUCCUGUAUGGGGCAGUACUCUCUGCUUAGAAAUGUUGAUUAAAGAAUAAAAUAACUGAAUCACCGUGCAGUCAUAUUCUGUGUAAGAACAGCUUUAUAAAUGUGACGUGUCACCAUGAUCAAAGUACUUGAAGUUUCCAUCAAAAAUAAAACU